AUGAGUACAAAGGCACUUAUUGAGUCUUGGAAUAACGGCUGGUUAGCUUCUAUUUCAGAGCCAUAUAAAGAUGAAAAUAACAAUACAUGGUUAGAUGUUAAAUUUUCACAGCCAACAAACACAAAGCCAAUUCCAACACAUUUCGUUUCAGUAAGAUUUAGAGUAGAGGAUGGAAAACCAGUUACAUAUCUCGUAGAAUGUGAUAAAACAGAGAAAGAUAUAUCUUAUCCUAUCACAGAUGCUACACUCAAAAUGUAUUUAAGAAUUAAGUCUAAAGGAGGUGCAUGUGCUGCCGCACUCGGACUGAUUGAAUAA